AUGUUCUCCAAGAUCGCAAUCAUCGCCUGCGUCCUCGCCGUCGCCAACGCCGGAGCCGUCGGCUACGCCGCCCCGGCUUACACCGCCAGCUACGCCGCUCCGGCCUACACCACCAGCUACGCCGCCCCGACCCUGAGCGCAACCUCGGACAACGUGUACCGCAGCGCCGGCAACUUCCACUCGAUCUCGACCCAGUCCAAGAGCAUCGCCACCCCCUUCUCCUCGAGCAACAAGCACUUCACCAGCGUCACCAACCCCGGAGUCUACGCUCAGACCGCCUAUGCCGCCCCCGUGGCCACCUACGCCGCCGCCGCUCCCAUCGCUCAUGCCAGCUACGCUGCCCCCGUGGCCCACGCUAGCUACGCCGCCCCCAUCGCCCACGCUGCCCCCGUUGCCGCUCACGGCAGCAGCCUCCUCGGAGUCGCCUACUCCCCGGCCGUCGCCGUCUCGCACAUGACCUACAGCAGCCCCGUCGGCAUCAACUACUCCUGGUAAACGGCGAGCAGCGAGAUGACCGGCUCAACCUCCUCUGGUUGAACUAUGACUUCUGUACAAUAGCUCUCUCCCUCUCUGCUUCAUAGAUAUUUAUUUAUUACAAUAAUAAAAAAAUUUUUCGCUAUUUUAAAA